GACUGGCUGCGUCCCGGGCCUUCGCCGUUCCCCCUUGUCUUCGUCUUGGCUCCCGCGGGCCCUGCGGUCCUCCCUUGAGCCUGCGCCCAGGAGUGUGCGGAAAAUCCCGGCCCCUGGGCCCAGAACAGAGCCAUGACUUGUGUUAGGAAGGCCAGGGGAACCCACCUCUGAGGCUGGAGGAGGGAAGAUGGGCCUCGAAUCCGGCCUCAGUUUCCCCAUCUGCAAAAUGGGCCGGGGGUGGAAAUGGUAAAGCGUCCCCAUGGCUGCCGCUAGUGCGGAGGGGGUUGGGAGUGUCUCCACCGACGACCCCGAGACCUUCGGCCUCCAUCACCCCCUGCUCCCAUGCAAACCCAGCCGGUGGAGAAACCCAGGGCUCAACGCAGGCGCCCAAAGGGGGCUCCUGAGGCCGCACACACUGCGGCCAGCCCUAGAUCGGUCCUAGCCAGGCGACCUGCCAGCCUGCCUCAGUUUACUCGGCUCUAAAAUGGGGGAAAUCACAGCAUCUGCAAGUGAGACCACGCCCGGCGCGAGCGGCGAAUCGAAAUGGGUCAGGGAGGGCCUUCCGAGGGGCUACAGCCCGGGUAAAGCGCAGGCGCCCAGGUCCCGCAGGCAGCGCCAGCCCGAAAUACCCGGCUCCUGCCCGGCUCCUCCCUCCGUGCACGCCCACUCCUGGGACGUCAGCGAGCUCCGCCCCCGCCUCCUGUGCAGAGGCUCAUGGGAAGUAACCCCCUUCCACCUGGGACCCAUGAACGUAUGGUCCCGCCUUCCCGGCCGGCGCAGUAGAACGUCACCAGAGGAAGUCCCGCCCCUCCCUACACUACUGGCCGAAGGCGCUGGCGCAGUAGCCAAUGAACGCCGGCCUUGUUGACAGGCUCCCGCGGCCGCCUUUGCUCUCCCUUCUGCGCCUGCGCGAGCGGAAGGGCCCGAUCUAGCGGUUGUCAAGAAAGCCGGGUGGGUGGGUGGGUGGGAGUGCCAGGGCCCGGGGUCCCCCGGUAGACCUCAGUUUCCUCCGGAGUCUCACGGGGCCCCGCCCCUGCUCUGUUCCAGUCACCGGAGCCCGCAGCCCUGCCCCCCAGUUUCUCCUCGCGGCAGUGUCUUGGCCCCGGGAAAGCAGGUCCGAGCGGCGGUCGGUGUGUCAGGCCCCUCUUCUCUGGGGCUCGGGCGGGGGCGUGGCUUCCGGAGCCCUUAGCAGGCAAUGCCCGGCUCAGGCUCUCGGGUGUGACCUCCGGCUGGAGCGGGGGCUCGGCCCAGCCCGAGAAGAUGAUCCGCAUCGCGGCCUUGAACGCCAGCUCCACUGUGGAGGAUGACCACGAGGGCACCUUCAAAAGCCACAAGUCCCAGACCAAGGAGGCCCAGGAGGCCGAGGCUUUCUCCCUGUACCACAAAGCCCUGGACCUGCAGAAGCACGACCGCUGCGAGGAGUCUGAGAGAGCCUACCAGGAGCUGCUGGACACUCGCCUGCUGCGGGAGGCCGUCUUGUCCGGGGAUGAGCGAGAGGGCUUGAAGCAUCCCGGCCUGAUGCUCAAGUACUCCACCUACAAAAACCUGGCCCAGCUGGCGGCGCAGCGCGAGGACCUGGACACCGCCAUGGACUUCUACUUGGAGGCGGUGAUGCUGGACUCGACCGACGUCAACCUGUGGUACAAGAUCGGCCGCCUGGCGCUGCGGCUGGUGCGCGUGCCGCUGGCUCGGCACGCCUUCGAGGAGGGCCUGCGCUGCAACCCCGACCACUGGCCCUGCCUGGACAACCUCAUCACCGUCCUGUACACGCUCAGCGACUACACCACCGGCCUGUACUUCAUCUGCAAAGCGCUGGAGAAGGACUGCCGCUACAGCAAGGGGCUGGUGCUGAAGGAGCGCAUCUUCCAGGAGCAGCCCUGCCUGCGCCAGGACUCGCUGCGCAUGUUCCUCCGCUGCGACAUGUCGAUCCACGACGCGAGUGUCGGCGCCGCCGAGACGCAGGCCAUCCUGGACGAGGCGCUGGAGCUGCGCAGGAAGAGGCGGGCCCUGCUGGUGCGCGAGAAGGAGGCCGACCUGCGGCUCGCCCAGCCCAUCCCCUACUUCACGUGGAAGUGCCUCGGCGAGAGCUUGCUGGCCACCUACGGCCACUUCACGUCGUGCGACGCCCCGCAGCCCAGCCUGGGCCGGAGGAUCGAGCUCUCUGAGUACCGGGACCCCGCCCGCGCGCUGUCCCCGCGCUCCCCGCCGGCCGCCCCCAGCGUGCCCCUCCCCCCAGCGCCCGAGCCACCCUUCCCCUACGCCGCCGCAGCGCCCGGCUUCUCCCUCCCGAGCCAGAGCCUGCUGGAGGCCGCGGCCCCUCUCGGGGACGCCUCCGGGGGCGACAAGUGCAAGAAGGGCGUCAAGAGGAAGAGGCCGGCGCCGGAGGAGAGCGGCGAGACGGCCAAGAGGCGCUCGGCCCGCGUCCGCAACACCAAGUGCAAGAAGGAGGAGAAGGUCGACUUCCAGGAGCUGCUGCUGAAGUUCCUGCCGCCCAGGUUACGGAAACUGGACCCCGAGGAGGAGGAGGACGACGGCUUCGGCAACUAUGACGUCCAGUCGGACGCCAAGCCGGAGAGCUUUGCCAGCGCGGGCGCCCCCAGGCUGUCCUUCGACGCCACCACGUUCAUGGAGACGGAGCAACAGGACGUGCACGCCUUCCUGCUGGACAACGUGCACAACGGCGGCCUCCUGGAGCUCAUGAUGAGGUACCUGAAGGUGAUGAGCCUGCAGUUCCUGGUCAAGUGGCCGCCGGGCCUGGGCCAGGUGGUCCUCAGCAUCUACAGCAGCUGGCGGAGGCACAGCAGCGGCCUGCCCAACCCUCUGCUCCGGGACUGCGGCCAGCAGCACAUCAAGGACAUGAUGCUCGUGGGCCUGUCGUGCAUGGAGCUGCAGCUGGACCAGUGGCUGCUGGCCAAAGGCAAAAGCUGUGCAGUGUCCCCGCGGCACUGCCCAGCCGGAGCGCUGAAUGGCCGCUUCGGACCCGACUUCCCGGGGACCCACUUCCUGGGGGACCUGCUGCAGCUGUCCUUGGCCUCGGCCCAGCGGGACCUCUUCCAGGAAGGCUGGCUGGAGUUCAUCGUGCGCGUGUACUGGCUCAAGGCCCGCUUUCUGGCCCUGCAGGGAGACACGGAGCAGGCCCUGGAGAAUUACGACAUCUGCACGGAGCUGCUCCAAGCUGGUGGCCAGCACGAGGCCAAGAGCCCGCUCUUCCGGCUCCCCAACCUUCACCUGGACUCCGUGGUUUCUCUGGAGGAGAUCGAGAAGAACCUGAAGUCCCUGGAAAGGUGCCAGUCCUUGGAGGAGCUGCAGAGGCUCUAUGAGGGGGGCGACUACCAGGCCGUGACCCACCUGCUGCGGCCCACCUUGUGCCUGAGCGGGUAUGACCGCACGAAGCACCUCGAGUUUGUCACCUCGAUCCCUGAGCGUCCCGCCCAGCUGCUCCUGCUUCAGGAUUCCCUUCUCAAACUCAAGGAUUACAGCCGUUGCUUUGAGUGCUCUGAAGUCGCCCUCCACGAAGCCAUCCAGCAGAUGAUGAACCUGACGGAGACGGCUGCCAAGGAGGAGUGGGUAGCCACGGUCACUCAGCUCCUCCUGGGCAUCGAGCAGGCCCUGUCUGCGGACAGCAGCAUCCUAGAGGAGACCCUGAGGACCCCCAGCCUCAUCCGGCUCACCAGCAACCUCAUCCAGGUCAUCGACUCCAGCAUGUCGGUCCAGGAGGAGCCCAAGGAGCCAUACGUGGCGUCGGUCCUGCCCUGGGUCAUCCUGCACCGCAUCAUCCGGCACGAGGAGGGCGGCUUCCGUGCCCGCUGCCCCCCGCCGCCGCCGCGCAGCCCCGACGAUGGCGAAGGGAGACCAGACACCCCCCUGCUCCCGUCCUCCCUCAUGUUACUCAACACGGCGCACGAGUACUUGGGCAGGAGGUCCUGGUGCUGCAACUCCAACGGAGCCCUCCUGCGCUUCUACGUGCGAGUCCUGCAGAAGGAGCUGGCGGCCUCGGCGGCGGAGGACACGCACCCGUACAAGGAGGAGCUGGAGACGGCCCUGGAGCAGUGCUUCUACUGCCUGUACAGCUUCCCCAGCAAGAAGAGCAAAGCGCGCUACCUGGAGGAGCACUCCGUGCAGCAGGUGGAGCUGGUGUGGGAGGACGCGCUCUUCAUGCUGGACUACUUCAAGCCCAAGAGCCUGCCCGAGUUCGACAGCUACAAGACCAGCACGGUGUCGGCCGACCUGGCCAACCUGCUCAAGAAGGUGGCCACCAUCGUGCCGCGCAGCGAGCGGCCGGCGCUCAGCCUGGACAGCGUGGCGGCCUACAUCGAGGGCACGCUGAGCCAGGUGCCCGCCCUCCCCGACGGCGCCGCUCCCUCGGCCCCCGCCGUGAAUGAGCUCUACUACCUCCUGGCCGACUACCACUUCAAGAACAAGGAGCAGUCCAAGGCCAUCAAGUUCUACAUGCACGACAUCUGCUUCUGCCCCACCAGGUUCGACUCGUGGGCGGGCAUGGCCCUGGCCAGGGCGAGCCGCAUCCAGGACAAGCUGAACUCCAACGAGCUCAAGAGCGAUGGGCCCGUGUGGCGGCACUCGCUGCCGGUGCUCAACUGCUUCCGCCGCGCGCUGGAGAUCGACGCCUCCAACCUGUCGCUGUGGAUCGAGUACGGCACCAUGUCGUACGCCCUGCACUCCUUCGCCUCGCGCCAGCUCAAGCAGUGGAGGGCCGAGCUGCCGGCCGAGGUGGUCCAGCAGAUGGAGGAGCGCCGCGACAGCAUGCUGGAGACGGCCAAGCUGUGCUUCACGUCGGCGGCGCGCUGCGAGGGCGACGGCGACGAGGAGGAGUGGCUCCUGCACUACAUGCUGGGCAAGGUGGCCGAGAAGCAGAAGCAGCCGCCGGCCGUCUACCUGCAGCACUACCAGCGCGCCGCUCACUACCUGCACGAGGAGGCCGCCCGCUACCCCAAGAAGAUCCACUACCACAACCCGCCGGAGCUGGCCAUGGAGGCGCUGGAGGUCUACUUCCGCCUGCACGCGUCCAUCCUGAAGCUGGCGGGCCGGGCCGGCAGCGGCAUCGACGCCGAGAGCCUGGCGGCCUUCAUGAAGGAGGCGGCCGAGGGGCCCUUCGCCAGGGGCGAGGAGAAGAACGCCCCCAGAGCUUCGGAGAAGGAGAAGAGCUGCGCGAUGGACGAGGAUUCGCACUCUUCGGCGGGGACGCUGCCCGGCCCGGGGCCCGCCCUCCCCGCCUCCUCCGGCCCCGGCCUGACCUCCCCGCCCUACACGGCCACCCCGCUGGACCACGACUACAUCAAGUGCAAGACGCCCCGGCAGCAGCCCCCGCCGGACGAGAGGAGCCAGGACGGCUCGGCCGUGGCGCUGUCCGACUCGAGCUCCACCCAGGACGUGUUCGGCGAGGCCGGCGGCCCCCAGGAGAGCGUGCGGAGGCCCCCCCCGGACAAGCGGCCCGAGCCGGGCGCGGACGCCGAGCGGCGCCGCCCUCCGGGGAGGAGCGAUGAGUCCCCGGAGGCCGCCGAGUCUCCGGGCAGGAGGAGGGCCGAGCCGUGCCAGCGGCUGCCCGCCGACCCCGAGGGCCGGCGCGACUUCCUGACCGAGCGCUGCGUGGCCGCCUUCCGCCUGUGCCUGAGCCGCUUCCCGCAGCACUACAAGAGCCUCUACCGGCUGGCCUUCCUCUACGCCCACAGCGACACGCACAAGAACCUCCACUGGGCCCGAGACGUGCUGCUGGGCAGCGGCAUCCCGUGGCAGCAGCUGCCGCACAUGCCCGCGCAGGGCCUCUUCUGCGAGAGGAACAAGACCAACUUCUUCAACGGCAUCUGGCGCAUCCCCGUGGACGAGAUCGACCGGCCGGGCAGCUUCGCGUCUCACAUGAACCGCUCCAUCGUGCUGCUGCUGCAGGUGCUGUCGCAGCUCAAGGACUACGGCACGCUGCUCAGGGUGUCCUCCAUGCUGCAGAGGACGCCCGACCAGGGCAAGAAAUACUUGCGGGAUGCCGACCGCCAGGUCCUGGCCCAGCGGGCCUUCGUCCUCACGGUGAAGGUGCUGGAGGAGACGCUGAGCGAGCUGACCGAGGGGUCCGAAGGCCACGGGAUGACCACCGACGUGUCCAGCAAGCCGGGCGCCGAGGAUGGGAGCGAGGCCUGCGACGGAGGGAGCGGGGGGGUGGCUCCCGGCCACGGGCCGCCCCCCCCGGACCCGGCCGAGCCCGGCGCCCCGAAGGAGGGGCCCCGGCCGAGCCCCGCCGAUCCCAUGGAGCUGGAGCCCGAGAGGCCCCCGCCCGGCCGGCCGGCCGAGCUCUCCCUGGAGGACCUGAGCAUCAGCUCCCGGCAGCCCCCGCCGUCCCCGCAGCCGCCCCCGGCCAAGGGCCCGGCCCAGGCGCCUGUCGGGGAGGCCGGCCAGAGGCCCAGCCGCAAGAGGAAGUUACUGGACGACCCCGAGUGUGGGAAGAACCUCCUGCUGGACGCCUACCGCGUGUGGCAGCACGGCCAGAAGGUCAUGGCCUACGACCUGGGGCGGAUUGAGAAGAUCAUGGCCGACACCUACAUGCUGAUCAAGCAGGUGGAUGAGGGGGCAGCCCUGGAACAGGCCGUCAAGUUCUGUCAGGUCCAGCUGGGGACGUCGGCCCAGAGACAGGCCACAGGAGACGCCCCCACCACGCCCAAGCCCCCGAAGGACGGCAGGGAGAGCUGCUUCUGGGCCUCGCCGGCCCCCCAGCCCGCGGCCUCGAACCCCGACGCGGCCCCUCCCGAUGUGCUGCCGCGGCCCAGCGACGCGACGCCCAAGGCCAAGCCGGCCGCGGCCUCCAAGGACCCCGAGGCGCCUCCGAGCGUGGCCUGUCCGGCCCCAGGGGAGGAGCUGGCAGCGGGCGGCCACUCGGGACCUCGGCCGCCGGAGAGCCUCCUCGGGCCGCAGGUGGACGCCGUCACCGCCAACCGCCCCGAGCCGGGGCCCGCCGAGCCUGGGACCGGCCCCGUCACGGGACGCGCCUGUGGCCAGGCCUCCAGCUCCAGGCCUUCGGGAAGCCCGGCCCCCCGCGCAGAGCCCCCCCGGGUAAAGGGCCGCCCGCCGCCCGCCAUGCCCAGGCUCGUCAUCCCCUCGGCCGCGGCCAAGUUCCCCCCCGAGAUCACCGUCACCCCCCCGACCCCGACGCUCCUGUCCCCCAAGGGCAGCGUCUCGGAGGAGACCAAGCAGAAGCUGAAGUCGGCCAUCCUGAGCGCGCAGUCCGCCGCCACCGUGAAGAAGGAGAGCCUCUGCCAGCCGGCCCUGGAGAUCCUCGAGCUGUCCAGCCAGGAGUCGUCCCUGGAGAGCGAGAGCGACGACGAAGACGACUACAUGGACAUCUGACGGCGCUGCAGCCUGUUUGUAAUAAAGCGCGAGCAUGUGGCCGCGUGCCGGCGUCA